AUGUCGGCGAAUGUGAAAUUAUUUUUCGAUUUUAGAGCCAGAGAAUGUGAAUUAGUUAAUGAAAAUCGUAGUUCGAGCCAGAGCAGUACUGUUGAGUCGUCGCCGGCGGUAAUAGUGGAGAACUCGUCGCCGGCAAUGAUGUUGGACUCAUCGCCGUUGAAUCUCAGCUUUGGUGAAUCCGGUAGUUUAUUUAGCAUGGUGUGGGUAGGUUUUUGUUGCAGAACCAUUUGUUUCACGGUUCUCCGGUCGCCAGAGGAAUCGACGGAGAAAACGGCGGAGUUUAAUGUCGACGUUGGUGGAGGUGGUUCCGGCGAAUAA